UUUUCUUGAUAAAAGAUGAUGUUUAGGGUUUUAGUAAUACUAGUGGUGAUGUUAUUAGUACCUGCAACUUUAGGUCAGCUACCUUCACAAGAUAUAUUAGCAUUACUUGAAUUCAAAAAGGGUAUAAAACACGACCCAACUGGGUUUGUACUUAGUUCUUGGAAUGAAGAAUCUAUUGACUUUAAUGGUUGUCCUGCUUCUUGGAAUGGUAUUAUGUGUAAUGCUGGUAAUGUUGCUGGUGUAGUUCUCGAUCAUUUGUCGUUAUCGGCUGACGUCGAUUUGAAUGUUUUUGCUAAUCUUACUAAAUUAGUUAAGCUUUCAAUGUCUAAUAAUUCCAUUUCUGGUAAAUUUCCUACAAAGAUAGGGGGUAUGCUUGAGUUUCUAGAUAUCUCGGAUAAUUUGUUUAACUCGAGUCUACCGAAAGAUAUUGGUAAAGUUGUUGGUUUAAGGAAUAUGUCUUUAGCUGGAAAUAACUUUUCGGGUUCCAUUCCUGAUUGGAUUUCAGGGCUUAGUUCAAUACAGUCUUUAGAUUUAAGCCGUAACUCGUUUUCUGGACCCAUCCCACCGUCUUUAACACAGUUGAACAAUUUGGUGUAUCUAAAUCUGUCUGUUAAUGUGUUAACGAAGAGAAUGCCGAAAGGUUUUCUUGAUAUGGGAGUUCUUGAGGUUAUUGAUUUGCAUGGAAAUAUGUUUGAUGGGGAUCUUGAUGCUCAGUUUUUGCUUUUGACAACUGCCACUUACGUUGAUUUUAGUGGGAAUUUGCUUACGAGUACUACAAGUCCAAACGACAAAUUUUUGCCUGGAAUUUCUGAAACUAUUAGGUAUUUAAAUCUUAGUCGGAACCAGGUAACCGGAUCGUUAGUUAGUGGGGGAGUGGCUCAGAUGUUUGGGAGCUUAAUUGUGUUGGAUUUGAGCUACAAUCAGUUCUCUGGUGAACUUCCAAGUUUCAACUUUGCUUAUAAUCUUCAAAUCCUUAAGCUUUCAAAUAACAAGUUUUCGGGGUUUAUACCAAAUGAUCUUUUGAAAGGUGACUCAUUGGUUCUAACCGAGUUGGACUUGAGUGGCAAUAACUUCACAGGGGCAAUCAGUAUGAUAAUGUCGACAACACUUCAAGUUCUUAAUCUAUCUUCCAAUGGUCUCACGGGUGAGCUUCCAUUGGUCACUGGUGGCUGUGUUGUUCUUGAUUUGUCAAAGAACAGCUUUGAAGGAAAUUUGACCAAAAUGGUGAAAUGGGGAAACCUGGAGUUUCUUGAUCUUAGCCAGAAUCGCUUAACUGGUACGUUCCCUAAGGUAACGGGUCAGUUCUUGCGCCUUAACCACCUGAACGUCUCUCAUAAUUCUCUUGAUUCGACAAUCCCAGAAGUAAUCACACAGUUUCCGCGACUCUCGGUUCUUGAUAUGGGGUUCAACAAGUUUGAUGGACCAUUCCCGAAUGGUUUAUUAUCUAUGCCUACUUUACAAGAACUUCAUCUUGAAAGUAAUAGAGUUUCAGGAACUAUCAGUUUGUUUUCGUCUUCAUUUGUACCUAAUGUAUCCAAUAUUCAGGUUCUUGAUGUGUCUGAUAAUCAGCUUGGUGGCGAUUUUCCUGAUGGGUUUAGUUCGUUGACUGAACUCAAAUUUCUUGAUAUAUCUGGAAACAAUUUCUCAGGCUCUUUACCAUUGUCUUUGACUGGACUUACAGGUCUUGUUUCUUUAGAUAUUUCUCAAAAUCAUUUCUCAGGUCCGUUACUAAAGAACUUGACUAACGAUCUAACGAGCUUUAAUGCAUCUUAUAAUGAUCUCUCUGGUGUUGUUCCUGAGAAUUUGAGAAAAUUUCCAGAGUCUUCUUUCUUUCCUGGGAAUUCCGAUUUGCAAUUUCCUAAUCCUCCUCCAGGACCAAACACCCGGGGAUUGUCCAGCAAGAAAAAACCUAUCAAAACCAUUUUUAAAGUGCUGGUCAUUGUUGCUUGUAUUAUCGCUGUGGUGAUUUUGAUUCUUCUGGCAAUUUUUAUUCAUUUCAUGCGGAUUUCACGACGGCCUCUUCCACAAGAAGUUGGGACGAAAGACGUCGAACAUCGUCAAACUUCCCAUGGAAGUGGUGGUGGAAUGACUGUUUCCACUGGAGAUAUUGUUACUUCUCGAAAAGGUUCUUCAUCAGAGUUAAUUACUCCGGAAAAGAUUGGUGGAGGGGCAGUGACAAGUUUUUCACCAUCUAAAAACAGUGGCUUCUCUUACUCGCCUGAUUCUGGUGACUCUUAUACUGUUGAGAAUCUCUCAAGACUUGAUGUGAGGUCACCUGAUCGAUUGGCCGGUGAACUUUAUUUUCUUGAUGACACCGUCUCAUUUUCACCCGAGGAAUUAUCACGGGCCCCUGCUGAAGUUUUGGGAAGGAGUAGCCAUGGCACUUCAUACAGAGCCACACUAGACAAUGGAUUGUUGUUGACUGUCAAAUGGCUAAGAGAAGGGGUUGCAAAACAGAGAAAAGAUUUUGCUAAAGAGGCAAAAAAGUUUGCUAAUAUACGGCAUCCGAAUGUUGUUGGGUUACGAGGAUACUAUUGGGGGCCCACACAACAUGAGAAGCUGAUUCUUUCAGAUUACAUAUCUCCCGGAAGUCUUGCCAGUUUCCUCUAUGAUCGACCUGGAAGAAAAGGUCCACCAUUGACAUGGGGACAGAGGCUGAAAAUAGCAGUUGACAUUGCUCGUGGACUAAACUACCUCCAUUUUGACCGCGCAAUUCCACACGGAAACCUAAAGUCAACAAACAUUUUGUUAGAUGGUGUAGAUUUAAAUGCCCGUGUAGCAGAUUACUGUCUUCACCGUCUGAUGACCCAAGCGGGAACAAUAGAGCAGAUUCUCGAUGCUGGGGUGCUAGGCUAUCGUGCACCUGAGCUGGCUGCUUCAAAACGCCCACUUCCUUCCUUCAAAUCAGAUAUUUAUGCAUUUGGAGUUAUUUUACUGGAGCUUUUGACUGGAAAGUGUGCGGGUGAUGUGGUGUCGGGUGAAGACGGUGGUGGUGUUGAUUUGAACGAUUGGGUUCGGCUGAAGGUGGCAGAGGGACAUGGUGCUGAUUGUUUUGAUGCGGUUUUAAUAACAGAAAUGGGAACACCGGCUGCUGAUAAGGGAAUGAAAGAUGUUCUAGGGAUUGCGUUAAGGUGUAUACGGCCACUUUCUGAGCGGCCGGGAAUCAAGACUGUGUACGAGGAUCUUUCGUCUAUAUAAGUAGCUAGUUUUUGCCUCUAUCUUUUUAUGGUUUUCUGUUAACUUAGAUUAGGGAUUGAACUGGUGGAAUCAAUACUUCAUUGCUCCUACCCUUUUUUUAUAUAUUUUUCUGGUGAUUUCUGAA